CCUAGAUUCGCAAAGGGUUUAUGGAGCUGAUUCUAGAUAGGAGUGCUCAUACACUCCUCCUCCCUAUUAUUCAGCGUCUAGUGUUACCAGGCACCACCAUUCACACAGAUGAAUGGGCGGAAUAUAGCCAAAUAUCACAAUUGGGAUAUAUACAUCAUAGAGUGAACCAUUCGAAUGAUUCCGUCGACCCUGUCACCGGUACUCAUAAUAAUUCCAUCGAAGGUUUCUGGGGAAGAUUAAAAAAUAGAAUAAAAGCUAUAAAUGGUUUUCAAAACCAAGUUAUUUUUAGUCAUCUGGAUGAAUACAUGUAUAGAAAUUGGUUCAACUUAAAAACUGAAACCCCAAUACAAAAUUGGGAGAUAUUUUUAUCUCAUAUUAGAGAAAAAUAUCCUGUUUAACGUUUUUUAUGCUUUUAUAUGUAAAUAUACGUAAGAUUUUAUGCAAAAAUCAUCCUUUUUUCUGACUGGUCUGCUCAAGGUCACUUGUGCGUUCGUUCCUUGGGACUCUAUUGUAGAACUU